CAAACAAAAAAGUGUAAAAUUGAAAAUGUGUGACCAUCACAAUUUUGGAAUGUAUUUAUUUAAUUUUGAAAUCAAGAACGGUUCGCUAUUGGCCAUCUGGGCAUUUUCAUUAGUUAAAGAUUAUUCUGGUUCUAUUAAAAGGCGAGUAGACUUUUUUACAUAGUUAAAAUGCUGAUGUGCUGACAUAUAUGUCAUAAAAUAAAUUGCCUGUGUAGACGUAUAUAAGUGGUCUAUUACAAUCCUACAAAUGCGGAAAUUAUGGAUAAUAUAUUAAAGUUAUGCUUUUGUGAAUUCCCUUCUCAAAUAUUUUCAUAAAAACGAAAAAUUACAAAAUGUCAUUUGCGAUAAGUAACGUAUCCUUUAAGAGUUUAGCUGUAGUUUUGAGUUAUAAUUUAAGACUAUGCCGAAAAUACUCCUACAAAACAGUUCGCCGCCCAGACAGUGCAUUUGUAUCGCGCAAAUUAACUGCUCCACAAGUAGAACAUAUGGAGGAAAAACAAGCACCAAAUGAUCUAACAAAACACUUGAAGGCGAAAAUAUUGGCAACCGGGCCUAUUACCGUUGCUGAAUAUAUGCGCGAAAUUCUUACCAAUCCAUUAAGUGGAUACUAUAUGAAUCGUGAUGUUUUUGGACGCGAAGGGGAUUUUAUUACAUCACCGGAAAUAUGCCAAAUUUUCGGCGAGCUAGUGGCUGUUUGGGUAGUAAGUGAGUGGCGAAAAUUGGGAAGUCCAACACCUUUUCAAAUUGUUGAGUUGGGACCUGGUCGUGGUACCUUAGCACGCGAUGUACUUAAGGUGCUAGCCCAAUUUAAAUUAUCUAAAGAAUUUUCCAUUCAUAUGGUCGAGAUCAGCCCAUAUUUAAGCAAAGUACAAGCGCAACGUCUAUGUUUCAGUACAGAGACGAUAAAUGAUGAGAAUUCAACACAUUAUUUAACUGGUAAAACCGCGUCAGGCAUAAAUAUAUACUGGCAUAAGAGAUUGGAGGAUGUACCACGCAAAUUCUCCAUAGUUUUGGCGCAUGAAUUCUUUGAUGCAUUGCCGGUACAUAAGUUGCAACGCGAUGGAAAGCAAUGGAAAGAGAUCUUAAUAGAUGUUAAUAAAGCCGAUACCACUGAUAAAAAUAAAAGUCUUCCUUUCCGGUAUGUGAUCUCUAAGGCACCGACGCCGGUUUCACAUCUUUAUCAGCCAAUUCCUGAAGAGACUCGAGAUUCCCUCGAGUAUUCAUUAGAUACAGAUCGUCUUAUAAGUAUGAUGUCAGACCGCUUUGAGUGCGAAGGUGGCAUUGGGUUAAUAAUGGAUUAUGGUCAUUUUGGCGAAAACUGUGAUACGUUUAGAGCUUUCAAAAAACAUCAGUUACAUGAACCGUUAUGUGCUCCUGGUACGGCAGAUCUCACGGCAGAUGUAGACUUUAGGCAAAUCAAGCGGAUUGCUGAGGAAAACGGCAAGGUGAUAUGUUUUGGACCUGUCGAACAAGGGAGUUUUUUAAAGAAAAUGGAAGGCGACGCCCGUCUUGAGCAACUUCUUUCAAAUGCAUUGCCGGAGAAUCACGAUAUAAUCAGAAGUGGCUACAAAAUGUUAACUGAUCCAAAUCAAAUGGGAAAACGUUUUAAAUUUUUUUCAAUAUUUCCUUCCGUAUUGAAGGAACAUCUGGAAAAAUUUCCUGUUAAUGGAUUUCAAUGAACACCAAAUCCUUUUAUUUAUAAAUUGGUGAGAAUAUACAAAUUCAAGUGCAUUAUAAUAUUUAUUAAAACUUUGCUUGUUUCAGUUGUUGAUACUGUUAAAUAAAUUCCUUUUUGGUAAAAUUUAAUAUAUAUACAUAAAACGUAUGUAUAC